UAAAAGUUAACAUUUCGAUUUAUACAAGCAACAUCAUUUUAAAUUUUGUUUCAUAAUGAUCGGGUUAGACUGUAUUUUUCGGUACAAAUGGUUGUUCGUAUUAAUAAUUUGUUCAUUACAUUAUUGGGUCUUUGCUGAAGGCGAGACUGGUCAAUGUAUAUGGUAUGGUGUUUGUAGAAAUUUUGAAGAAAAUGACAUCGAGAAGAGUCAGUACUGCAGUUAUAAUGGAACAGCAAAACUUUUAAAUGAGGAUGGACGUCAAAAAUUGUCUCAAUACUGCUCACAUUUAGACAGCGGAGAAAAUAAUACUUUCACGUGUUGUGAUAAUGAUCAGAUUGAAGUGAUGAAUGAUAAUAUCGAGAGAGCCGAAUUUGUACUGAGCAAGUGUCCAGCCUGUUUUCAUAACUUUUUACAACCGAUAUGUGAAAUGACAUGUAGUCCAAAUCAAACAAACUUUUUAAAAGUUCAGAAAAUAGAAACCGAUGAUUCUGAACAAGGAAAACCUUAUGUAACUAACAUUGACUUUUCAAUAAGCUAUGAUUAUCUAAAUGCAACAUUCCAGUCAUGUUCGCAGGUCAGCUAUUUAGUUUUUAUUCGUGUAUUAGAUUUGAUGUGUGGUGCAAAAGGAUCGGAAUGUACACCAGAGAGAUGGUUUUCACACAUGGGUAAUGCAACAGGCAAUAAAUAUGUACCAUUUCAAAUAAACUAUAUUACUGAGACAAUAGACGAUUAUAUUCCCUUCAACAAAUCUACAGUACCUUGCAAUGAAUCUGUUGAUGGGAAAUCCGAAAAGUGCUCUUGUCUUGAUUGCAAUCAAUCUUGCUCUUAAAUAUAAUCUAAUAUAAAUUUUACUCGGAUUGGUAUUAUUUUAACCUAGAUUUUAACUUCAAAUUACUUUAAAUUUUUAUUGUUUUGUAAUUCCAACACAUUUUUUUUCUUCAAAUAAGUUUUGUUCCAUUUUCAUUUUUCGGAAAUAUUUCAGUAUUCAGGGGUUGUUUUUUAGAAUAUUGUGCUCAAACAAAAGAAAAAUAAAUAAUAAAAAAGUUUACACUUCCCAUGUGUGAAUUGAAUGAAAAGUUUCCGAUGAAGUUCAUCGAGAAAAUAUUUUGCGGAAA